AUGUGGGAGGAGUUUCUGGUGGACUACUUGACCACCGUCGCAGAGAGGGCGCACGCGUGGACGCUGGCGCGGUUGGACGAGCUCAGGGAGGUGCAGUGGGCGAGGCUACAGGGUAUAGUAUCAAUGCCCAUACAGACGUUGAUGCCCAUGCAGUUGGAGAUCCUGGACAAGGUGCACGAUCUCACGGAACUCACGAACAAGGUGGACACGCGCAUCAUGCUACCGCUGCCCGGGUUCCGGCUGCAGACGCUCACGGCGGCCAUCCCGCGGAUACGCGACAACUGGGAGGGGUACCAGGGGGGAACGCCCAUGACGGCGUUCCCGUACAACAUGCGGUUCCGCUCGAAGGUGUACGCGUUGCGGUGCAAGUGGCUCACGAACCAGGUGAUGGUGCUCUACACCAUGCGGAAGGGCGCAGACGUGAGGCAACGCGGGGAUCCGGUGCGAAGCGAGGAGACGAGCCGGCUGCAGGCGCAUGCGUACGAGAUGGCCAGGCGGGAGUUGCGCGGGCCGCCGCCGGCUGUUUUCGGUGACGAGCCUUGGAUAUGUGAGGUGAAGAACAUGAUGAACCUGGCGAAUCAGUCCCUUCGGACGUGGGGGUUCGUGGGGUAUCGCAUCUGCUACGAACACUCUGACGAGGAGUGGAAAGCUUUCCUGGAGAAGUUCAAGAGCGACGUGACGGCUUGGGGGGAUGGGGUGAGUGGUGCUGGUGACGUGAAGCCAUUGUGCAAGGUGCGGUGGCUCGAUGGCCGGGAGCAUGGCAUUCCCGAAGGUGAUGUCGAGGCAGCGAAACGACAUUACCGGGAAUACAGCAAGUCGCCAGCGAUGGCGAUGUUUCUCCCGACAGGUCCAGACUCGGUCUUCUUGGCUGCGGACAAGGCGUCCAUCGAGUCUUAUCUACAUCCGAUCCAGGACAAUGCCGGACCCGUCAUUCCGGUGGGCGAUCUGGGAAGUUUCAUCCUCGCCGUCGGAAGCGCGGAUAGUGAGAGGCGGAGAAGGGGAAGUGGGAGAGAAGAGGGCGAGGAAGUGGCAGAGGAAGUGGAUGGCUUCAACGGCAUUCUAAGAGUGCUCGGAUCAGUCCUCUUCGACGACCUCUGGGCAUCCCUAUUCCGCCAUGCUUUCCGUCUAUCGGACCUGGCGAGGCUAGCGGAGAUUCAUCCUCGACAAGUUUAUGUCGGGCCAACUGUGCCCAUGGAGAGAGACGGCUGGCGGAAGUCGGGCACGUGGAGUUUGACGGUGUUGAAGUCGUUUGAGAAGUGGCAGAAACAAUGA